GGCAGUGCUUUUGAAACGGGAAGUCAUGGAGAAAGAUGGCCGUUGUUUUUCUUUCGCGAACAAUAACGGUCCUGGUGUUCGGUUACGACAUGUUUUAGUGCCGACAAUACGUUGUUAACUAGCUAAUGCAGAAGAGGAAGCGGGUGAGCUCAUUCUAUCAAGUCUUACAGCUGCUUUCCCCUGGUUUGAACUUCAUGCAGAAUGCUUAGCCGGUGUCAGCGAGCUCCAGCAUCCAUGAAUCCUUCUAAUAACAUCAACCUGUGGUGCUGAAAUACAUCAGCAAAAUUACAUCUCAUUGGGGUGAUACAUUAUAUUCCUUAUAGCCUACUGUAGAUUGAACUGCUUAUCGAGGAAAAUGGUUUCCAGACCGGGUGAGAUUCCAGCUCUUGAAUCGGGCACUCCUGAAGGCCUACUAAGUGGGAUGUCCCUACCCCUUGGAAUGACCCGCCGUGCCCUCAGCUAUGAUGAUGCCCUCGAGGCCCCCAUGUCACCCCCUCCAUCUGAUAUCAAUGUCAACAUCCUGUGGAAGAGGCCCGUCAUUCCAGAACGGAAGUUCCAACGCUUGGCUGAGGAAGAUGAAUCUGGAGGCUACCUCACCCAUGCCGCUUCCACUGAUGCUGCUGCUGCUACAGAGCCUCGCGUCGUCAAGGCCAAAGCUUCAUCCAUCAUCAUGAACUCUCUAAUGACCAAGCAAACCCAGGAGAGUAUGCAGAGGUUUGAGAAGCAGGCUGGGCUCACAGAUGCAGGAUACACCCCCCACAAGGGACUGGCAGCUGAAGAGGCCCGUUACCACCGGAUGGCAGAAAGUCUAAACAAGCUGAAGAUUCAGGAGCCAAAGGAUGAUAAGCAAACUUCCUCAGCACAGUCAACCCCAAAUACUACCCCCCAGUCGUCCCCCAAACAGAAGCGCAGGGGUUGGUUCAGCCAAGGCUCCACUGCCUCUAUCACUAGUUCUGAGUUUGGCAGUGCCAACACCAGCGUAGAUUUGAGUGGAAUUGAAAGCGGAGGUGCUGUUGAACGCUGGAGUGUAUUUGGACCCCGGCCUGUCGUUCAGAAGUCCACCACCGACCCAGGUACGGACUCCUCAACCACAGGAGGUUUUGCACUGCAGUCUUACCGAGGUGCCCAGAAACCCACACCCAUGGAAGUGAUGAAGGCUCAAGCCACCCGCAUGGCUGAAGACCCCACCAACCUCAAAGCCCCAAAGAUGGAGAUCCCCAGUAUGGAGAGCAAGAGACCGGCAUCCCGCUCUCACAAGCUCAAGCCCAGAGAUAUGAAUGUUCUCACUCCUUCUGGCUUCUGAAUCCACCCCCAAUCUCCAUUUGCCUUUCAGAGUUUACUUUCCUUGUAGCUGAGUCCUGCUUUCAAAUUAGAGAUCUGAAGCAUUUCCUGUGUUAUCCCUCUACAAAUACUACAUCCAUGCUUCAAUGCACCCAAGAAUACAAAUAAAAGUGAAAGUGUGACUCCUCUUAUAUUUCAAUGUUACCAUCAGUUGAGUGUAGUUUAAGUGUACGUGGUAUAUGUUGCCCUAUCUUCCGCAUUGGGUUUCCCCCCCUUUUUUUUUUUUUUUUUAAAUGAACAUCUGUCUUUGUGCCUUUUGUGAUGGUGAGACUCAAAACUAUUCUGGUGCAAAUAAAUGUCCAGGUCUGUACUAAAAUGUGACCCAGCCAAAGGAGUUUAUUCCAUUUAAUUCAUGUUCAAUGUUAUGGUUACAGUAGUGUUAGUUGUCUUGGCAACAUUAUAAAUCAGUAGUAGGACAGUAUUUGUUUAGUAUCAGUGUAUCACAUGUCCUUUAGUAAAUUCUGAUUUCCUGAUACGCAUUUAUUCUUUAAACAAGCAGCUAUGAUGAUAAAAUGUUAACUAUGACUUACUGUUCAUUGAAAUGAAUGGUAGCGUACUAUAUCAGGUUGUAUGCAUUCCUCUAUGAUAUGAUUUGUACCAUUUUAAGUGGAUUCUAACUGCUGUUUUGCAUUUAAGAUUAUAUAUUUAGAAAAAAGGCAUUGAAUUUUACUUGAUUCUGGUUUAAUCAACUUUUCCUGUAACAAGUUAAGUGUAUUUGUUUUGGAAUAUGUUAUAAAAUGAAGUGUACAUAUGCACA